AUGUUCUCUCUCUCCGCCCCCGUUUCCGUGGGCUCCAAUAUUUUCUUCGCCUUCGCCUUGGUGACGAUUUCCGUCCUCGUCCUGCUGCUAUUGCGCCGUUUCUUGACACUCCGCGCCACGCCGGCCUACCUGCUGGUCCCCGUUUUUCUCGCCCUCGCCCUGCCCGCCAGUGUCGUGCUGCUUGUCCCGAUCGAUUUAGCCUCCAGCGCCCGUGAUGGCACCGGUCCCAAAGCAAUCUGGCUGCCGGAUCGGAUGGUCCUGGUAUGCUGGCGCAUCGCCUACUGGCUCAUCUUCGUCCUCACCUGGGCCAUUCUUCCGCUCCUCGGUGACUAUUUCGACUCCGGAUAUCGUGAACCCAAGGCCCGUCUGCUCUACUCCCUCCGCUCAAAUGCCCGUUAUCAAUUGAUUGUUCUGUCCUGCGCGAUCGUCGGGUUAAUCUACAUCUCAAUCUCCAUUCGAUUCGACUUCACCGCCAUCAAGGGUCUCGUCAUGGCUCUCGCCUAUGUGUGGGGUCUUGUGCUCGCGAUCUACCUCAUGGGUCACGGCCUGGUCUCCAUCCCGCGCAACCUGUUCCGGAACGCGAAUGUCAGUGGCCGCUUGAAACGCAUCCAAGCACAUGCGCCCAAGGUGCAUGACCGCCUGAUGGACGCUGUCAAUGAACUCGAGAGCCUCAAUUCUCAGGUCGCCCAGCUGCAGCAACGCAAGACUGGCACCGCCCGCGAUUUCCAGAACUGGAUCGAGGAUCUCUCUGGCGGCCCAGGUUCAUCGGAUGUGCGAGUCCCCAUCCUCGAGGCGCCGGAGACCUCGGGCACAACCCCCUCAGUGAUCACGGAGCGCUAUCUAGCCGAUCUCACCAGGCGUCUGCAGCGUGCCCGACACAUGAAGGCUCGAUUUGUGGAUGAAUGGGACCGAUUGGUCAUGCUGGCCGCUGACCUACAGGCCAUCAUCAACUCCACCGCGUCAAAGAAGCUCGAGUUUGGCCCGGCGCCCCGCCGGUCGUCCUGUCUUCCGAAAGUGAAGUUACUGACCCCCUACAUGCGGUACCAACUCUAUUCCAACGUCAUUCCAGCCGUCAGGCUAGCUUUCGGCGCCUUUUUCACCGUCGUGUCGGUCUGUAUUGUCUGGUCUGAGUUGAUCAAAUCCCUGGCGCCUCAGUUUUCCGCAGUCACUUUAACUGUUGUCCCGAAUUGGAAAGACGAGAAGCCUAUUGGGUUUGGCAGCCAGGUCAUGGCCUCGGCGUGGCUCUUGUACAUGUGUUCCGCUGCUUUGGUGGGUGUCAACGACGUCAAGGUCUGGGGUAACCGAGCUCUUGUGCGUCGCAACACCUACGGCGAAAGUGCAUGCUGGUAUGCCAGCCUCGUCGCCCGUCUCACCGUCCCCAUCGCCUACAAUUUUUUGACCUUCCUGCCGAAGGACUUCCGCCGCGCCACGACGUUCUACGAGUUCCUCGGUCGCCUCAUCAACCUCACCUACUUGGGCAAGGGCUUUGACUACAUUUUUCCGAUCUUCAUUUUGGUCCCUAUCGGUGCCACUCUUUUCAACCUAUACGGUCGUGUCAAGAACAUUUGCGGUUUCGGCCUCGCCGAGGAGGACGACCUGCACGACGUCGAGAAUAAUCCGGCUGGGUACGGUAUGGGCGGCUGGCGCGAGGGCCGUGACUUGAUUGAGCGCGAGCUGAACGGUUUCGGCUCCCUGGCCGUCUCAUCGCGCGGCGGCCGGUCUACCUGGGCCUCGGACCGCAGCGACGACGAAUCCGUCGGCUCAUCGCGGCUCCGUGUCUCCGUCGGUGAGGGCUCCCGGUCCCCACGGACUACCCAGCGCCCCGUCACCGCGCCCACUGUGCUCGAUGGCGAGGAGGACGAAGAGGAGAACUUCUUCCAGUCCUUCGCCCACCGCGUCCGGAAUACCUUCGAGACCACCAGCACGCCGCAGUGGUUCCAGGGCGAGCCAUUCCGCCUGCCGCGGUGGAUGUCGGGUGACACGGGCAACACCACAACCUCGGAGGAGGGUGGGGUUACGCGCCUGUUCGGCGGUCGCGCUGUGCCUGGACGACUACGACUUGGUUGA